CCACCCCCCACCUCUCCCCAAACUCCAUGAUCUGUCCAAAUCCAGAGACUAGGAUUUUUUCCAGCUGAGAACACUGCCAUGUAGACAACCAUGGGAUCCAGGAUCAAAGAAAACCCGGAAAAGACGUUCGAGUUGUUUAUCGAAGUCUCGUGUCCAAAAUCAGAUGUUGAUCCUGCAGUGCUGAGACAGUUUCCUGAAGAUUACAAUGACCCGGAAUCUCUACAGAGCCUGCCCAAAUUCUGCUUCCCUUUUGAUGUGGAAAGGAUGUGGGAGAGUUCUGUAGUCCAGCAAUUCACCUUUGUGUUGACGGAUAUAGACGGCAAUCAGCGGUUUGGCUUUUGCCGACUGACUGGUGGAUCAAAGACCUGCAUUUGCAUCCUCAGUUUCCUGCCCUGGUUUGAAGUCUUCUACAAGCUCCUAAACAAUAUAGCUGACUACUUAGCAAAAGGACAGGACAGUGAAGUGAAAGAGCUCUUGAGUGCUCUGUACGCUCACCCACCUCCCCAGCCAGACUCUGCACUCAAUCUUGGAUUUGCCCAGCAGCUGGGAGUUACAACAAGACGGUUUCUGAAAGAUCAGAAGAGGGAUCCUAGUAGUGGUAUGCCGUCGCUUUCUUACUUUAUUGCCCCUGACACCAACAGCUUGCCUACAAUACCAGAGAGUAGGAACCUGACAGAAUAUGUGGUUGCUGUAGAUGUGAAUAACAUGCUACAUCUCUAUGCCAGUAUGCUGCAUGAGAGGCGCAUUAUCAUCACUUCCAGCAAGCUCAGCACAUUAACUGCUUGUGUACACGGCUCAGCUGCAAUGCUCUAUCCCAUGUACUGGCAACACAUCUACAUCCCUGUGCUCCCUCCACAUCUCCUUGAUUAUUGCUGUGCUCCAAUGCCUUAUCUCAUAGGGAUUCAUUGCAGCCUAAUGGAGAGAGCAAGAAGCAAAGCUCUGGAGGAUGUGGUUAUAUUAAAUGUUGACUCAAACACCCUGGAGUCGCCAUUCAAUGAUCUGGAAAAGCUGCCAUCAGAUGUGGUGUCGAUUCUGAAGAUGAAGUUAAAGAAGCAGUCAGCAGUGACUGGUGACGUGGUGGCACGGGCCUUUCUCAGGGCACAAGCAGCAAUCUUUGGAAGCUACCAGGAUGCCCUUAAGUUUAAUGCUGAUGAACCAGUCACGUUUUGUGAGGAGACGUUUUUGAAUCACAAGUCUACCCUGAUGAAGAAUUUUCUGCAACAUGCAGUGCACCUUCAGCUGUUCAAACAGUUUAUAGACAAUCGUCUGGAAAAGCUUAACCAAGGGAAAGCAUUAACGGAUAUAUUCGAGGAGGAAGUCAAUCUGGGCGGUUAUUCGUCAGGCUGCUCCAGGUCAUACCAACUAUGGAUGCAAAACUUUAAGAAAGGUGGCGGAGCCCUGAUUCAGACAGUGAGAACCAAAACCAAUCCAGCCAUGAAGAACAUGUAUAAAUACGCUAAAGGUCAAGCUAAAUUGGGCCUGAAGGGGAUGAAAAACCGGCUGAAACACAAGGAGCUGGGUGAAGAGCGAGGAGUUCACCGUGGUGGGUCACUGAGGUGUGAACCAGGUGGGGGCUGCUCCUAUCAGAGACACAUGCAGUCAGAGUGUUUACAAAAUCGUCUGCCAAUCACCCAGCACUUCGGUCAGUCUCGUCCUCGUCGACCAGCUCGUCGAUACACAAAUUUUGAUGCAGCACUCCCCCCUGAGACAGUCAGAUCCACCAGUGGAGAGCUCGUGCUGGACAGCUCACUGGACAUUAUUGAAGAUGAGCUUCUGGACUGUAACCUGCUGCAGAAUGAGGAUAUGGAUCUGCUGGGGGAGAUCUUCGACACCCUCAGCACCCAGACUGCACAUGACAAGGGUCUUCUGUAUGCAACUCGCAGCCUCGACUUUUACAACUUAGAUUCAACGGAGGAUAUCCAUAGGAUCAAAGACAUCAACCCCAGCGAGGAGAAUCUGAGCAAGAUCAGGAGGGAGUCUGAACCAGUCAGACCCAGGAUGUGGGGCUUUGAUGGCUCUGCAGAGUGUGUGAAGUCCCUCUCGGCCUCCUUGGAUGAAUCUUCAGGCCUAUCCUCAGUGUACAACAGCCAGCCGGACCUUGGAGACUCCGGCAGUCUCUCCAGCAGCAGUCAUGAAGAAAACAUAACAGCUUCCGAGGCAGAGACACUGAAACACAACACUCCAAACGACAGCAAUAAAAAGGAGCUUGGAUCGAUGGAAGAAGCUUCAGUUAUUUCCCCAACUGGCAAAUCCAAUGAAAAGUGUACAGGGAUUCACUGGGAUAAAGGAUCUUUACUGGCCCAGCCCAAUGGAAUAUUGGCUGAAAACGGAGAUUCUCAACUGGAGGUGAGCAAGACAAGAGAUGAAGUCCUAACCAAGACUGUGGAGAUCGAUGAGCUGAAAGCUUCUAAAGAUGAAUCCAAGCAUCACAAAGGACCAGACGAAGCAGUGGAUCUUGCCAGGAGUGCAGUAACAUGCGCAGAGAGUAAACCUGACCAGAGCAGUAACACUGAAAAAUCUCCUCCACCAACAGCUCCUAAAACAUCAGCAGUAGAGCUGAGAUCAAAGCUGACAGCCCAGGGUCCUGAAGGCAAAGGAUUAAAUAGCGGUGAAAUAAAGGGGGAAAGUUCCAGUGGUCAGGAAAUGGGAUCUAAGGAGCAUGUUUCGAGUACAGAAGACUCUUCACCUGCUCCUGCAGACACUGCCACUCAUGAGGAGACAGCUCCGAGUGUGCAGUCUGCACUCUCCUAUUUCAAGGCUCGAUCAGAGGAACAAAAGGCUGUAAAAGGAAAAGUCUGCCAGUUAUCCCCCUCAGCAGGUGGGUCCCUGGGUAGGUGUAGCAAAACCGAUCAGAAAGAGGAACACAAUGCAGGAAAGGCUCUCUCUGAGCCCAUCAUCACCCCUUCUAACAGGUCAGCCAGAGAAGCAACAACUCCGGACAGUGAGGAACAGAAACCUGAAUCAGCAACACAUUCUGGCAAAGACCCAGACAUUACACCCCCUAGAAAGGUUUCAGAGCUGAAAAAGAGAUUUGAAUCCUAGCAAAUGUCUGGACUUAUAAAUAUGUUUUUCAAUA